AUUCAUGCAGCGCAUUGAAGCAUGGUGGUCUCAUUGAAGAGAAGUUUCACUCAAUGGUGGAUAGAGUUAUUCCAAGUGAGUUUUUGCAAGGGUUAUUUUAGGUUUUCAUUUCAAGUUAUUGAUAGGGAAUGCAGGAUUGUGGUCUCUACGACGAGAUGAACUGUAUACAUCGAGAUUGUCUUCGGUUCUGUUUCAUGCACUUGAUCCAACAAGAGCUAGAUAAAGUGGCACAUGAAUUGAAUACUCAUACAACACGUUCGAGCAAACACUGUUUGGUACCUGCAGGAGUACCAAAUGAACUAUACUUUCUUCCUGAAGUACAAGAGAUUAUGCAGAGGAACCGGACCCUCCUGCAUCCCUUGAGUUUCUGCAGGCAGUGAAUGAACUGAUGGUACACCGUGGUCUACUCUUUCCUGACUCUAUAAGAGAUGCUAUGUUGCUAUAUGCGGAGCUUGUUUCUCUACUUGACGAUUAUUGAUAUUUUGACUAACAAUUAUUAUAACCGUUAUGAUUUAAUGAUGAACCCUUGAUGGGACACUUGACAAUGACUAUGUUCAGUGGCUAGCAGGAGAAACACAACUGCCUUGGUUGGGGAUCGUUGUAGUGCCUACGGACAUAAUAAUAUAUAAAUGAAGA